GUCGAAUGUGCUUUGAUUUUAUUGCAUAAAAAAAUAAUGUAUGUGUAGAGAUGUAAGGAGGACACAUUGUGAAGUUUUGCUUAAACCGACAUCGAUAUUUUUCAAAAACUAUCGAUAGUAUCCCAGCUCUACUGUAUAUACUGUGUUUAUGAAGCUUGGUAUCAUUGUCAUUUGUGAGGAUUAUUUUUUGGUGAAGGAACUGCAUCAUAAAAAAGGACAUGAUGCGGAUUGUUGUCUAUUUGACAAUAGUGGCUUUAUGUUGGCAAUUUGAAUUGACGAAUUCUCGUACUUCGACUUUAUGGAAAUUAAACGAAGACAGCGGCAAAAUAACAGGGCAUAUUUCCUCUAAUCUUGGCCAGGGGGAUAACACAUUGUUGGACGAAUUCAGCAUUCCAAUGUUUGAUGCUUCCGCUGAUGUCUAUGCUCAAGAUGAAGUAUUUUAUAUCAUCGCAUCUACUAUGGCACUAGGUACGAGCGCUGGAGCCGGUAUAACGGGUCCUGACACUGACAACGGUAUAGGAAAUGGGAGCAACAAUAGGGGUGCGGGUUAUGGCUGGGUACGAGAGUCGCCAGAAAAUUCUUUGGAAUCUCUAGGGACGGUAGCUAAACAUUGUAACGAAAGCGGCACUAUGACACAUGAGAGCAAAAAUGCAGAAGACGAAAGCAAUAGCAAAGCUGCAAUCGAGAACAGUGUAGGGCCGUCGAUUGUAACAAAUGUAGGCACUGCAUUGGUAGUGGAUGAAACCCUCGAUUGCAAGCCAGUAAAUUUCACCUAUUACGACUAUCUAAUUGGAGUGGGACAGCGAUUUAAUCAUCCGAAAAUACCAGAACCAGAGGUUGCAUACAUUUUUCUGAAAACGAAGGAUGAAAACUCUUAUAAAAACUUUGACAUCACUGCACUGGAACGACGCCUUAAACGAGCCAAGCGUGAAAAGCCUAGAUCCGUACAAUUGUAUAACCAAAUCGGUAAUUACUGGCGCAUUAUAGGCGACGCACGGCAAGCUAUUGAGUGCUUUAGACGCGCUUUAGCAAUGUCGCCAACAAAUGCAGAAGUACUUCUGAAUUUAGCACGUGUACUUUACAAUCUACAAUAUCUUGAUGAUGCUAUACAUCUGACUAGAAGGUCAUUGGAGAUGCAACCACCUGGACGCUCUGCUUGGCAACAGUAUUUUACACUUGGAGAAAUAUUUAAAGCUUAUGGACAUUUCCAGGAAUCUAUUCUACACCUGCGGCACGCACUUGAACUUUACCCGCAGCACGAGCCCAUUCUGAAAGCAUUGCGAGACGUGGAGAAUAAUCCUUCAUCAACUUUGCAUGUCUACACAGUUCUCAUAAUUGUUGCCUUGGUAUGUACGAUGCAGGCGAGCAAAUACUGCUUUAUCGAUCACAUGUUAUAUGCAUGUAGAGGAGGUAGUGAUAACCAGUGGUAA